UGCCAUUGUUUUUUUUUGUGAUCAUUCAUUUUUUUACCUCACUCUCGGGGUUGUGUUGAUAAUUCUGAACAUUUUCGUUCGUUCGUUCCUCCGGUUGCAUCGGUUUCCACUGUUGCUGUGCGUAGAGCAAUAGAAGCCAGUGUGUGUGUGUGUAGUUUUGGUAAAAUAGUUACACGGAACAAGAAAAGCUAAGCUGGUGCAAUAGUUCGCCAGUGAGCAAAGAACCGAUUGCGGGAAGUCGUAGCUGCCGUCCCUGCUGCUGCUGCCAGUGGCUACGAAAGUGCUGCUGAAUAGAUUAAUCUGUGCGGAUAUUUUUCCAAUUAAAGCCAAUCGCUCUGCAAGUGCAGCUCGUUUUGUAUGCACAGACGGGGUGUGCGUAUGUCUGUGUGUCUGUCUGUCUGUCUCCUCAGUGUGCAGUAUCAUUUCCGCAACGAAAACGAGUCGUAGACUUGUGCGUAGGAUGAUGGGAUUGGGUGGAAACCUUGCCGCAACCCACCAAGUUGUAAACCAUUCCAUUUCGGUGUAAAAGAUGUGAAAAGUUGUGCUCCACAGUAUUUCGUUUCGUGUGGUAAAGAGGCGAAGCAAAAAAAAAGGGGUGCAAACCGGUACUCCAGACAAGGCGGCGAUCCCUACGGGAAUCCGAUACCAAAACGCAAACGGCGAGUGCCAACGGCCAAGUUUGGGACGGUGAGAGAGAGGGUAAAAAAAACAGUACGCACACACGAAGCUCAGCACCACCCGGGGACACGUAAUGAACACCGUCGCAUUAACCUUGUGGACGAACCACUGCACCAAAGGCCUGCUCGCUAAUAGGGUUUAAGUUUGGUGCUUGGAAGCGAAUGUUGACCUAUGCCCGUCUGCCCGGAGGAAAGGCCAGAAUCUCAUCGCGGAAACAACGCACCGCCACAUUCCGGACCACACCAGGAAGCGAGCCAUCGUCUAACAGUCAUAGAGCAACACUUUCCUUCCGCCACGGCAAACAGCUAGCGGCCGAUAGCAGAAAGGAUGCACUUCUCCAUACCGAGCACGCAAGAGUUUGGAUCCGAUGGAAGCGGAUCAUCGUACACGGGCUUCAACAUUCACAUCAAUGGCAGUUUUCACUGUUGCCUUCGCUACAAGCAGCUGCACAGCCUGCACGAACAGCUGAAGCGAUCCCUGCCGUCGAUCGCACUGCCCAGCUUUCCUCCAAAGAAACUGCUCUCGCUCACACCGAACCAAAUCGAGCAGAGGCGUCUCAGCCUAGAGCGCUACAUUCAGCUAGUGGGCCAGGAUCCGGUACUGUGCCGAUCGGAGCUGCUGCGUGCAUUUCUGCUGAAUGCCCAGCAAGAGUCAUCGUUCACCGAAUGCAGCGAGGUAACGCUGGACGUUUACCUUAUGAAUGGGUACCGAAUAUCGGCCAACGUGUACACAACGGACUGCACCAGCAAGGUGCUGGAGAAGGCAUGCGCACUGAUCGAUCUGCCGAAGGAUCGCGCCUGCUACUUUGCGCUCUACCUCAUGCGCAAGGAGGCUAGCGGUGAGCUGACGAUCGUGAAGCGCCUGAUGGACUUUGAGGCACCGUACAUCUCGGCGAAGCGUUGGGAUGAAUGUAAGCUGGUGCUGCGCACCGGGUACUGGGAUCCGUGCUACGAUCUGGAGCUGAUGCGCGACCGGAUCGCCCUCAAUCUGCUGUACAUCCAGGCGCUGAGCGAUGUCGAGCGCGGCUGGAUCCUGACGACACGCGACCUGAGCGAGCAGCUUACCAAUAUGCAGGCACGGGGGAGCAAGAGCGAGUAUCUGGACGUCGUCCGGAAGCUACCACUGUACGGCUGUCUGCAGUUUCCCCGCGCCCACGUCGACUUUCCCGAGCCGAACACGCUGGCGACCGUCGUGCUCGGCAACAAGGAGCUUAACCUGCUGACGUACGUGGGGAAAGAGGCGCAGGAAAGCAAGUUUAAGGUCACACGCAUCCGGUGCUGGCGUGUCACUCCUAUUCAUAUUAAUGAAGAGCAGCAACAGUCCACAGUGGUGAAUGGUCGCCAGCAGCAAUCCUCCCAACCGGCACCGUCGUCCCACUCGUCCACGAUCAGCCUGGAGCUGUCGUUCGAGUACUUGAUGGCGAAGAACCAGCUCAAGUGGAUCACAAUCUACAGCGAACAGUCGAUGCUUAUGUCCGUGUGCCUUCAGUCGAUCGUCGACGAGCUGCUCAACCAGAAGAAUGGAUCCGAUCCCGCUCACCUGCAGAACCCACAGCAUGUGGAGUAUGCACCACUUUCCUACAUUCGGCGGGAUGGAUCGAACCAUUGCAUUACCGACUCUAGUUCAACCGAUACUCUCUGCAACCUAGUAAAUAACGAUAGUAGUAGCAACAACGGAACAUCGAACCAAGUGACGUAUCAGCAACACUCCACCACCAACCACGGGUCUUCCUUUAUCCGGCGCAAGCUGAAGGAGUUUAACACGACGGUACGGUUCAAAAAUGGGAAAGAUUCCGUGCAGAACGAAGCAUUCGAAUGGAUCGGCGAUGACGAUCUCUAGAGGGGCCGCGUAACGUACCACCAUCGCCCUAAAUGUUACAUUGCAAAUGGAAAUCGAAUUUAUACUGCCCAACCCGCAGCCGGGAGGUCGUUAUUGUCGCGGGUUGCAUUCGAAAAGUGAUUUAAAAGCCCUUUCUUUUUGUUACACGUGCGGUUUAGGUUUGGAGCAUAUGGUAGCUGUAGUAGUCACAUUUUCUAUCUGAUUCUAUUUUUUUUCAUGCGGCAACACCGGUGUCCUCUAAAAACACAUACCGGUUAAAAAGCGAUGAGGAUCCAUAAACGUCUAACUUGUUGUCGGAAAGGGUGGUUUAAGGUAUACUUGUGUGUGCACAGACCGUGCGUGGACUUUUGCUACGAAUUUCUCCAAUCAAUCGAUUCUACAUCUUUAAACGUUAGUUGUUUAACGCUAGCACCGUCUGUAUGUGUGUGUGUAUGUAUGGUUCCGACGUAAAAGCAGCCGGUAAACAAGAGGUUCAUCCGUGUCCCAUAUUUUGUAUCAGUGUAGCCCUCAAACCAUGUUGUGUGUGGUUUAGUAUAUAAUCGAUGCCUGUAACGAUAAGAGCAACAGACAACCCGGAACGAGCUAAUAGCAGGAUGCCGCUUGAUAAAUACACGAACAGAACCCAGUCUCUAAAAAAAA